AUGAUGACUGAAUUGAACAAUCUCCAACAGGAUCUUAUCCAGUCCAAUGGUCGCCUUCAAAUCACCCCUGAUGAUGCCACUAUCUUAGCAGGCAAACGAUUAAUGACAGAUCUCAAGAAAUCCGACAAUGUCCAUCAUAGCGUUGCAGCAAAAUCUCUAAAAAGCAAAAUUGAUGAGAUAGAGCACCUCGCUUCCUUGCCGCAAAAAGAGGCAGAGCUAUCGAAGAUAAAUGCAGAAAACGAAGAACGAUGUCGGAUGCUUGAAGAGCACGCCGAAGGAGUGAACAGGUUUGCUUUUCAUAAUUCAUAAUU